CUGAGCUUCUGACAAAUAUCUGUUCUCCUUCAGUCCACGAACACUCAUUCAGUUCGAGCUUCAGUCCACGAUCACUCAUUGAGCUCGAGCCUCUUCCACAGACACAAUAUAACCUGCGACCAGCCCGCGAGCGUGUGUUUGCGUGCGCGCGUGCAUCAUGGAUGUUCUUGGGCCGUCCAUACUAAGGGGCGAUCCACAUAUGAUGGCGGAGCCGGAGAUCCAGAUCUUCGAGCAGCCGAAGCAGAGGGGGAUGCGCUUCCGGUACAAGUGUGAGGGUCGAUCGGCCGGCAGCAUCCCCGGAGAGAGGAGUUCGGACAACAGCAGGACCUACCCCAGCGUUCAGAUCCUGAAUUACUACGGUAAAGGGAAGGUGCGCGUUUACCUGGUGACAAAGAACGAGCCGUACCGACCGCAUCCGCAUGACCUGGUUGGAAAAGACUGUAAGGAUGGAUAUUAUGAAGCCGAGUUUGGACCGGAUCGCAGGGUCAUCGCAUUCCAGAAUCUGGGAAUCCAGUGUGUGAGGAGGAAGGAAGUGAAAGACGCCAUCGAACAGAGGAUUAUCAGAGGGAUCAACCCCUUCAAUGUUCCUCGAGAGCAGCUGCUGCAGACAGAGGAGUACGACCUGAACGUGGUUCGUCUGUGCAUCCAGAUUUUCCUGCAGGACGAGAACGGCCACUACACCCGCAAGCUCAACCCCGUUAUCACCAACCCCAUCUACGACAACAGAGCUCCAAACACAGCAGAACUGAGGAUCUGUCGGGUCAACAGGAACAGCGGCAGCGUUCGAGGAGGAGACGAGAUCUUCUUAUUGUGCGACAAAGUACAAAAAGAUGACAUUGAGGUGCGGUUUUUCUCCUCCGACGGCUGGGAGGCCAAAGGCUCCUUCUCGCAGGCCGACGUCCAUCGCCAAGUGGCCAUCGUCUUCAAGACUCCGCCCUACUAUAACACUUCCAUCACCGAGUCGGUCACCGUGCACAUGCAGCUGCGCCGUCCGUCUGAUCAGGAAGUGAGCGAACCCAUGGAUUUCAGAUAUCUGCCAGACGACAAAGAUCCGUACGGCUACAAUGAGAAAAAGCGCAGAAGAGAACAUCUGAUAAAGAUCUCAGCACUAUCAACUGGUCCUUUUAGCAGCCUGGCCAUGAACCGGCCAAAAGCAGUACCACAGACUACCAUGAGUCACAUGAGAAAAGAUCUCAGCAACAUGUACCUGAGGCAAUCUCCGAUGCAACAGCAACCGUCACCUAUUUUCAACCAAACCUACCAACCAGGCCUUCCGAAUGUGUCCUGGGCAUCUCCCAACCCAGCUCUCUCAAUGGAUACGGUCACCAUCAACCAGCCGGGUGCCAUGAACAACAUGCCACGCCACGUUCGGCAACAGCAGGCCACCCGUGGAUCUGACGUCACCACCAGAAUGGACCAGAGCAGCUGUGAUACCAACACCCUCCCUCAACUCUCCAUAAGGGACCUGCAGUGCUUGGACCCGGGCCCCCAGGCCCCUGUGAUGAGCCAGCCAGAGUCCCAGCCCCUCUACCACCUCCCACACCAAAGGGAAGACCUGGUGUCUGAAAGCCGGGUCCAGAACCAGCUCGCAAACCCCAACCAGGGUCUCCAGACUAUGUGGCCCAAUUACAGCACCCUGAAUCCAAUCCAGAACACCUUCAACGGGUCUGUGCCUGGAGGCGGAGGGGGGUCACAGGGUCUGGUUUCGUCUUUCCCGUUGCUAGAAGAGGGGGAGGAGUUUCUGAAGGGCCUGGUGGGAGGAGGGUCUCCACCUGUGUUCCAGAUGAAGCAAGAGCCUCAGAUUGCAGAGACUCACGGCUCCCUCAUGCAUUCGCCACGAGAAAGUCCAGGAAACACUUACACCAACCUGCUUCCUCGUCCCAUGAGCAACGGAACAAACAUGGAUCCGAUGAGACAAGAAGGCAGAGGCCAGUCUCUUAAAAACCUGCAUAAUCCAUACUCAAACAACGGCAUGGCAUCUGAGGGCCACUAUGCAAAUUUGGUGGAGUGGUUUAAAGCCGGACAACACAAUGACUACAAGGAGUGACGACAGCAGCUCCACAAAUACGCUGGUCUGGAUCCGCUUUGCAAAGUCAGAAUUUUAACCUCUUUUAUUCUGGCGUCGCAAAAGUCUGUGAGCAUUUGCGUUCAUUUGCACUCAGACUAAAUUUAUCGUCGUCCUUCUAUUGUAGAACGGGGCGAUUCGACCAAUAAAUUACAUGUUAAAUGUCAGAACAAGACUAAAACAUCGAAGACGCAACAGGGAAAUGUAAAAGACGUGACAGGGUAAAAACUAGAUAAAAGAUGCAAGAUAAAAAUUGCACAAAGAAUAGAAAAGACGUGACAAUAUGGAACAAAGAUUUUAUGAUUCAGUGCUCAAAAUAGCAGAAAUGAAAGAAAUCGGAUUUCUUUUUCAGCUACA